CCCUAGCUCAUAAAGGAAAGAGUACUUCUAAAGAAAAGAAAGAGCGGCAUGAGCUCGUCGGUCCAGGCCCAACCCACGCGGCUCAAGCUCAAGGCCGUGUACCGGCUGAUCGUGGACAACUUCCUUGCCGCUUCCUGUGUCGUCGCCCUCGUGCGGCUCGGGCCGGCGGAGCUCAUCAGCUGCCUCCGGCCAGUGCACCUGUUCUUUGCGGCCGCAGCGGCCGCCGUGUACCUAAUGCUCCGCCCGCGCGCGGUGUACCUGAUCGACUACGCCUGCUUCGACACCUCGCCGCUUGUUCGCAUCCCCAUGGCUUCAUUCAUUGAGCACACCAAGCAUACGCCCACCAUGAGCGAGCGCAGCGUCCGGUUCAUGUCGCGACUGCUGGCGCGCUCCGGGCUUGGGGAAGAGACCUGCCUGCCGGAGGCGCACCACUUCAUCCCGACGCUGGAGUACUGCACCCUCGAGAAUGCCCGCGCCGAGUUCAAGCUCGUCGUCUUCUCGGCCAUCGACGACCUACUCGCCAAGACCGGUGUCGCCUCAGACUCCAUCGGCGUGCUCGUCCUCAACUGCAGCCUCUUCUGCCCCACGCCAUCCUUGGUCGACAUCAUCGUGAACAAGUACAACCUGCGCGCCGACAUCCGUAGCGUAAACCUCUCGGGCAUGGGGUGCAGCGCGGGUCUCAUCUCCGUGGGGCUCGCCAGGAACCUCCUGCAGGUCGUUCCCCGGGGCUCCCGCGCGCUGGUCGUCUCCACCGAGACCAUCACGCCGAACUACUACGUCGGCAACGAGCGUGCGAUGCUCCUGCCAAACUGCCUGUUCCGCGUCGGCGGGGUGGCGGCGCUGCUGUCGACGUCCCCCGCAAACGCCCGGUUCCGCCUGAAGCACGUCGUGCGCACCUUCACCGGCGCGGACGACGACAAUGCUUACCGGUGCGUGUUCCAGGAGGAGGACGAGCAAGGGAACGUCGGGAUCAACCUCAGCAAGAACCUGAUGGCCAUUGCCGGGGCCUCGCUGCAGGCCAACAUCACCAGGAUCGGGCCGCUCGUCCUGCCGGUCUCGGAGCAGCUCCUCUUCGCCCUAUCCUUCGUGGCACGGAAGGCGAUUCGCGGCACGCGGAUCAGGCCCUACAUCCCAGACUUCUCCACGGCGUUCAAGCACCUUUGCAUCCACGCCGGCGGCCGCGCGGUCAUCGAUGAGCUGCAGAAGAGGCUCCACCUCUCCGACGAGCAGGUGGAGGCGUCACGGAUGACGCUGCACCGGUUCGGAAACACGUCUAGCAGCUCGCCGUGGUACGAGCUGGCCUACAUGGAGGCCAAAGGGCGGAUGCGCAAGGGCCACCGCGUUUGGAUGAUCGGCUUCGGCUCAGGGUUCAAGUGCAACAGCGUGGUGUGGGAGUGCAUCCAGCCAGCUGCCGGCAACACCCAUGGGCCGUGGAGCACGUCCAUCCACAGGUAUCCUGUGGACAUUCCCGACGUGCUAAGCCAGUAGCUUACACUACAUAAUAAAUCCAGCUCAGACGGUGGUCUAAACAUGAACAAUAAACCACAAACGGUCGUUUCUGGUUUGCAACCAUUGUAAUCGUUAUCUUCUGUGUGCUCAGUUAGGCCAUGUAACGGAAUGUCUCUUUUAUCAUUCGCUCGCGAUGUGUGUGAUGGAUUGUGUUGGAUUACAAAUGAGCUUUGACCCAAAUAACAAAAUAGUCAUUGGUUAAUCUUUAAGGUUCA